UGCCAGAUAACCGUCAGUUCCUCCUCCUCAGUCCGGAGUCCAGGAGCCGAACUGAACCGUCUGCGGAGGGUUCUUACCUUCGUGCGUAAAAGCGCUGUGCGUCCUGUGCGCGCUGAUGGCGCAGAGGAGGCAGUAACACCGUCCUGCGAUAGUUGUCGAUGUCCGAGGUUCACGCUGGACACUUGUAGAUCCUCUGGACACAAUCUGAACCGGGUGACGAAGCUGUUUGCUGCACGUAAACACACACAGAGCCCCCGUGUUGGAUCGUGGAGGGACUUUAAUCGUCGCGGAUUUAUCGGUGAACUUCACGCGUCUCGGUCCCGUCUCCCCGCUACGGACCUGACUGUUAGAGGAGGGGGUUUAGGCUCUGUGCUGCCGAGCCUCAUCUCAUGAUGGGACACGGCAGCUGUCAUCUGCAGCGAGGAUGAGCCACAGAAGCAGCCCGGCCAGGGCGUACGACUUUCUGCUCAAGUUCCUGCUGGUGGGGGACAGCGAUGUCGGGAAGGGCGAGAUUCUGGCGAGCCUGCAAGACGGAGCCACCGAGUCCCCGUACGGAUACAACAUGGGGAUCGACUACAAGACGACCACCAUCCUCCUGGACGGGAGGAGAGUCAAGCUGCAGCUCUGGGACACGUCUGGUCAGGGACGAUUCUGCACUAUAUUUAGAUCUUAUUCCAGAGGAGCACAGGGAGUUAUUCUGGUGUACGACAUCACCAACCGCUGGUCCUUUGAUGGAAUCGAUAGGUGGAUCAAGGAGAUAGACGAGCAUGCUCCAGGGGUGCCCAAGAUCCUGGUUGGGAACCGUCUGCACCUGGCCUACAAGCGGCAGGUGACGACGGAGCAGGCGCAGGUUUACGCGGAGAAGCUGGGCGUCACCUUCUUCGAGGUCAGCCCGCUGUGUAACUUCAACAUCACCGAGUCGUUCACUGAGCUCGCUCGAAUCGUCCUGAUGAGACACGGCAUGGAGCGGAUGUGGAGACCCAACAAAGUGUUGAGUCUUCAGGAUCUCUGCUGUCGCUCCAUUGUCUCCUGCACUCCAGUCCACCUGGUUGAUAAACUCCCCCUUCCACUGGCUCUCAAGUCACACCUGAAGUCCUUCUCCAUGGCCAAUGGCCUCAACGCCCGCAUGAUGCAUGGACGCUCGUACUCUGUCACCGCCAACGCCGCUGCUCACCACGGUGCCACCAAGAGGACAGGAGGGGCGCUGCUGAAAAAACCCAAACUAAUUAGGCCGCCACCUCUCAGCCCAUCUGCACAGAGCUGCAGAAACAGCUGUAAAAUAUCAUAACCCUUGCAACACGUUGAAUUUUCUCUCCGCUUCAUUUCAAAACCUUGGAAGAAGAAAGACUGAAGAAGAAGAAAUCUGAGGGAAAAACCAGAUUACAGCCCUUCAUGUUGAAAUACCUGCAGGAAGACACCGAGCCUCACAGACUGUUAUUACUGAUGUACAGUUUAUCUGCAGGUGGAGUUUUCCUUAAACGCCUCUUUAACAGCGAGUUAUUGUGUUCACUGUCGUGCAGCUUCUUCCUCAGGAAGUUUUCUACAGAACAGACACAUGGACAACAACACUGACACACACAUAUCUGCACAUACAAGCACUUUGGACUGUUUUUACACUUAAAUCUGGGUGUCUGAGAGAAAACCUCCACCUUCCUCUUCUUCACGGCCUGUUUCACUGGCUUUUCAGACACGCUUACAGCUGCAGCUUGUGUACAAUAUUUGUACGUAUUGUAAAUAUAACUGUUUGAUACAAUGAUAAUGGAGAACCUGUGGGGUUUGUAUCUGUUUUCAGUGUAAAGUGAAGUUAUAUUUUUCCUGAGUGACACCAAAGACUCGCCUCAGAGGAGGUCACUGAACAGAAAGAUGUGUUUUGCACUGUUUAUCAAUGUUUAAUAAGAUGCACCUUUACA